UUUAUAAACAGUUUGUGUUCAACUGUCGUUUAGUUCAGUUUUGUAUUGAGCAUCGUCGUUGAAGUUGGCGCGCAGGCGUUAAAUAAAUAAAAUACAAAAGUAAAAGUUGAAGAGCAAGAGGAUUUAAAGUGGUGCAAAAAAUUACUUAAGUGAAUUGCCAAAAAAAUGCACUCUCAUUACGCCUUAAUAGUCACAUUGGCCUUGUGUGCGGUCAGCGCCCUGGCACAGAAAAGUUCCACAAUGGAAGCGAUUGCUUACUUGGCGGGUACAUCCACGGUAAAGGGAAAUGUUACUUUCAUUCAAAAUGGCUGCUCCGAAAAUGUUCACGUGCGGGUCUAUUUGGAAGGGCUGACUCCUGGUAAGCACGGUUUCCAUGUGCAUGAGAAGGGCGACUUGACCGGCGGCUGUCUCAGUACUGGCGCACAUUUUAAUCCCGAUAAGAUGGAUCACGGUGCGCCUGGCGAUGAAGUGCGUCACGUUGGCGAUCUCGGUAAUAUUGAGGCCGAUGCGAAUGGCAUUGUCGACACAACUUUCACCGACCACUUAAUCAGUUUAACCGGCAAACGUACAAUCGUCGGACGUGGUUUGGUCGUGCACGAAUUGACCGAUGAUUUGGGCAAGGGUACCCAUCCUGAUUCGAAGAAGACUGGAAAUGCCGGUGGACGUCUGGCAUGUGGUGUCAUCGGUGUUAAGUAAAUAAAUAUACUCACAACAUGCAUACACACCUACACUAAGAAAGCUUCAACAAACGCUAAACAUUAUCUGUAACUGCUUUUUAUAACUGUUUUGUCACUCAGUGAAUCGAAUUAUUGUAGUUUCCACUCUUUUCAUUUAAGUAUAUUGUAACUAUACUAUGUAUUUUGUAUUAUUUUCUCCUGUUCUGCUGUUCUAUUGCACUUCUGUUAUUUUAUUAUAUUCACGAAUUCUAUUUUCCUUUCAUAUAUCUUUCUCUUUCUGAUUUUUUUAUUGAAGAUUUAUAUACUCAUGUUUUUUGCACUAAUUAUUGUUUAUAAGCAGAAACAAGUUCGCUAUGUGGCUUUGUUGUAAAGUAACUCGAAUAAAAUCGUUUGUGGUUAAUCGAAUCUGCCAAAUUAACAUUAAACUGUACUUUGCUUAGUUAUCUACA